GGGGAAACAACAUCAGAUAAUGCAAGCUUUAGCGGCGUCUUUCCCGAACCACGUAACCUUAAAAGCUACUAAAAUCCCCAAUUGAUUGUCAUCAUCACCCUCAAAAGAAAAGGUCUACGUUGCCUCAUUAUCAUCCCAUUGAGAAGAAACCAGCAAUAGAAUGUCCUCACCGAGCCCUCUCGAAGGCGUCGCGCCACACAUCCGCAGCCUCCUCACCACCCUCCACAAACAAUCCUCGACCCAGGAAUCGGCCAUCACAAAUGCCGACUUUGAAAGCCAAACCUUCGAUGAUGUAAUGCGCGACAAGUUCAUCGCCCUCGAUGAAGAUAAAUCCCAAUAUCUCUAUCAGCUCUGUCGCAUCAUCAACGCCAAGACCGUCGUCGAAGCCGGUACCUCCUUCGGCGUGAGCACCAUCUACCUGGCCCUUGCCGUGUCGGCCAAUGUAGCAGCAACUGGUGGCACGGGCCGUGUUAUAGCGACUGAGAACGAGCCAACAAAGGCUGCCAAGGCCCGAGAACAUUGGGCGCAAUGUGGGAACGUCAUCACUGAUGUUAUUGACCUGCGGGAGGGAGAUCUCCGUGAGACUUUGAAGCGGGAUGUGGAGGCGGUUGAUUUGCUGCUUCUUGAUAUUUGGACUCCCAUGGCUUUGCCGACUUUGAAGCUAAUCCUGCCGCAUAUGAGAUACGGGGCUGUUGUUGUGGCGGAUAAUACCAUUGCCGCAGCCGACAAGUAUAAGGAACUUUUGGACUUUAUGCGUGAUCCCAGCAGUGGAUUUGUUAACAUGACGCUGCCGUUUAAUAAUGGGCUGGAGGUUAGUACUUAUUUGCCCCAGCAGUAGAGCAUCGUUCUACCGAGGACAUAGUGGGAGCAACUAUUGCGUAAGAAAUUAUGAUCCUGCAAUAUGGAGAGCCAAAUCAAGCUCUCACGAAUUAUUACUCCAACUAGUACGAUCGCUCUAUGGUAGGCAAAGGUAUACCGUGGAAAGCUGCGGCUAGGCAGUAGAUAAUAUCAAUGUGAAUGAACAAACUCAGCCAGGAUUGG